AAUUUCAGUUACUCUGGAGUUUUCUGUUUCAGGUCAGAUUUUUCUUUGCUUUUCAAAAAGCUGCACCUGGAGAUUUUCUUCCUGGCCUCUUGUUCCUCAACAAUGGGUGAGGGUUAGGGGGAUUUAACCUGCCAUAAGCGUCCACUGCUCUGGGGUGUCGUCUCCCUGCCAGAAGGAGUGUCUCAUCAGGAGGGACUGAAAAAACAAAAAAACAAAAACAAAGAAAAAGGAAAAAAGGAAACCUAGAGGGAGUUUGGGCGCUGCCUCACGUCGGGCAGGCCGGGCCCGCGCGCGCCCCCUGCCGGUCCUUGCGGUGCCCUGCGAGCGGCGGCGCGCGGCCGGAAGGGGACGCUGCACUGGACACGCCCCCUCGCCGGCACGCUGCGCGGUGACGUCAAUCGGCUGCCCCUGUGCCUGCGCCGAGGAGACCCCGCAGUGAGCUGCCAACGCCCGGCGGAGCGUCCGAGGUUCUAUUUGGAGUUGAUAUUCUAGUAGAUUUCAGCUAUGCAGACGAUCAAGUGUGUAGUAGUGGGUGAUGGUGCUGUUGGUAAAACCUGUCUCUUAAUUUCUUAUACAACAAAUAAAUUCCCAUCGGAAUACGUACCAACGGUUUUUGAUAACUAUGCUGUAACAGUGAUGAUUGGAGGAGAGCCUUACACCCUUGGCCUCUUUGAUACUGCAGGUCAGGAAGACUAUGAUAGAUUACGACCCCUCAGCUAUCCACAGACAGAUGUAUUUCUGGUCUGUUUUUCAGUGGUCUCUCCUUCUUCAUUUGAAAAUGUGAAAGAAAAGUGGGUACCUGAAAUUACUCACCACUGUCCAAAGACUCCUUUUCUGCUUGUUGGGACCCAGAUUGAUUUAAGAGAUGAUCCCUCAACAAUUGAGAAACUUGCCAAGAACAAGCAGAAGCCCAUAACUCCAGAGACUGCUGAAAAGCUGGCCCGGGACCUGAAGGCUGUAAAAUAUGUGGAAUGCUCUGCACUUACGCAGAAAGGCCUAAAGAAUGUAUUUGACGAAGCGAUAUUGGCUGCCCUGGAGCCCCCGGAGCCGAAGAAGACUCGCAGGUGUGUGCUGCUAUGAACGUCCCUCCACAGCCCCUUCUGCAAAGCUGGUGUUUGAUGUCAUACUAAAAGCAAUGUUAAAAUCAAACUAAAGAUACAAAUUUUAAAAUUUGUUUUUGCAAUAAUGACAAAUGCCCUGCACUCCCAUCUCCCCCACACGAUCCCUGUGUGAGAUGAGAAUGUUAGUGUUUAUUCUCCAGUGCCCUCUCAAUUCAGUUAAACUAGUUAAUUUUGAGUAAUUAUGUAUUAUCAAAAGACACUGAUCAUUACUAGUUUUUUUAUUUUGUUUAUUGUUUCUAAUUUUUUUUUUUUUUGUUUAACAUCAAGGCAUGCUGAAUGACUUUUUCUGUAAUAGACUAAUUUUAGGCUGUUUAACUGAAGUCUUGCGCCUUAUGCUGGUAUGGCAAGACUUGGUUCUGGUUUCUAGACCUUGUAGGGCUGUUCUGCAGCCAGCCAGCGCCCUGGGUAUGAGCAGACUUUAGUCAGGAAAGCAAAAUGUCCCAAGCUGGUGCUCCUCUGAGAAGGAUUGUAGAAAAACAUACAUCUUCUCUGAAGGUGCCUUGUAUCUUUUUCCCCUGGCUUUUUAACUGUGCAGGUCAUAAAGUUACACCUCAUCCUCUGUGUUACGAAGCCUUAGGAACAGGAGAAUUAUUUUCUCUGGAUGCACCAUCAGACUUGAAACUAACUUGCUGGUCUCUUCCUUAAUCUUUGCCAUCGUAAUCUUUUGGCUCACGUUGAAGAAAUAACUGCACCUUUGAAAACACGCCUAGCUGGGUCAGUUGGCUUUUAAUGAAUCUACCUUCUGCCAGUCCUUAAUUAUUAGAGAAAUGCUUACAAUGACCAGCACAUACACUGCUUCUUGGACACCCUGAAGGGACCUGGGAUAUUCUACAAUGGUUUUUUGAGCUGGCUCUGAUGGUGCAUCUCUUGCUGGAUGCCUUGGCAUCCUUCAGGGAGGGAUGGAAAGGUAAACCUGUGUCAGUUGAAAGGAAAUGCAGGGAGAGGCUUCUGGUGUUUGAUGUGACACCAUAUUGGGACCAGUUGAGGGAACCCCUUUUUUCUCAUGAGUGACCUUGAACCUCUAAGAGGGGCUCCAACCCCUAAGGAUUGUGUACAGUGUCUCUGCAUAGACCAUCUGUGGUAUCAUAAGGAUUUUACCAAAAAAUAUAUUUUGGUUUGCAAAUUCAAAAAAUUUUAAGAUUUAGGAAAUGUUCUCCAUCUUCCAAAAUUUCAAUUUCUUGUAGACCCAUUAGUGUUGAACCAAUGCUUUUUCAUGUCUAAGUUCUUUGUAUAUGCAUUCUUUUCAGAUGUAUUAAAGUAUCUUCACAAGCCUG